AGCCAGCACUGAGAGGCAGCACCGCUCCUUCUCUCACACCCAUUGAGUCUCUUGAUCUGUUACAUGCAACCCAAGACAGCCUGCAAACACGCCCAGGACUUCCCAAGCGCCACACUCCGCUCCUGCUUCCCCGAGCCUGAAAAAGUGCAACCACCGCCAGAGGAAUUUCCACGCUUCGGGACGGCGAUGAUGCCUCAGUGAUCUCCCUGCUCCAAAACCAGGCCUCGCUUGACCUUCCUUCCAGGGAAGAUUGUUCCCCUUGUGACCCUGCUGAGGAAAGAGACUCCGAUGGACUUACACCGGGCAGCCUUCAAGAUGGAAAACUCAUCCUAUCUUCCAAACCCGCUGGCAUCUCCGGCCCUGAUGGUUCUCGCCUCCACUGCUGAAGCCAGCCGGGACGCUUCCAUCCCCUGUCAGCAGCCAAGACCCUUUGGAGUCCCGGUAUCAGUGGAUAAGGACGUGCAUAUCCCCUUUACCAAUGGCUCGUAUACUUUUGCCUCCAUGUAUCACCGGCAAGGUGGGGUGCCAGGAGCAUUCGCGAACCGUGACUUUCCCCCAUCCUUGCUGCACCUCCACCCUCAGUUUGCACCCCCCAACUUGGACUGCACGCCAAUAAGUAUGUUGAACCACAGCGGCGUUGGGGCUUUCCGCCCCUUUGCCUCCACUGAAGACAGGGAGAGCUACCAGUCGGCCUUUACGCCGGCCAAACGCCUGAAAAACUGCCACGACACGGACUCGCCCCACCUGCGCUUCUCGGACGCGGACGGCAAGGAGUAUGAGUUUGGAACCCAGCUCCCUUCCAGCUCCCCUGGCUCACUCAAAGUCGAUGACACAGGGAAAAAGAUCUUUGCGGUCUCUGGCCUCAUUUCUGACCGGGAGACCUCGUCCAGUCCCGAAGACCGAAACGACAGAUGCAAAAAGAAAGCAACCUUGUUCGACAGCCAGGCCCCGAUCUGCCCCAUCUGCCAGGUCCUUCUGCGCCCUGGCGAGCUGCAGGAGCACAUGGAGCAGGAGCUGGAGAAACUCACUCAGCUGAACGUCAGUAAGAACUCCAUCCUGAAGGAUCCCAUGGCACCUGGCACCCCCAAGUCAAUUUUGUUGUCAGCCUCAAUCAAGCGGGAAGGAGACUCUCGGACAGCAUCGCCUCACUCCUCAGAUGAUAUCCAUCACUCAGACAGAUACCAGACCUUCCUGAGAGUGAGAGCGAACAGGCAGACCAGGCUGAAUGCUCGGAUUGGGAAAAUGAAACGGAGGAAGCAAGACGAAGGGCAGGUAUGUCCCCUCUGCAGCCGGCCUCUGUCAGGAUCCGAGGAGGAGAUGAGUAGACAUGUGGAACAAUGCCUUGCAAAGAGAGAAGGCUCGUGCAUGACCGAGGACGACUCCGUGGACAUCGAGAACGAGAAUGGCAAUCGCUUUGAGGAAUACGAGUGGUGUGGGCAGAAGAGGAUACGUGCCACCACCCUCCUGGAGGGGGGAUUCCGAGGCUCCGGAUUCAUUAUGUGCAGUGGCAAGGAGAAUCCGGAUAGCGACGCUGAUCUCGACGUGGAUGGAGAUGACACACUGGAAUACGGGAAACCACAGUAUACCGAGGCAGACAUCAUCCCUUGCACCGGGGAAGAGCCGGGCGAAGCCAAAGAGAGGGAGGCACUCCGCGGUGCCGUCUUAAAUGGUGGUACGCCCAGUACCCGAAUAACGCCAGAGUUUUCCAAAUGGGCCAGUGAUGAAAUGCCCUCGACGAGUAACGGGGAGAGCAGUAAACAGGAGGCUCUGCACAAGACCUGUAAGAACAGCGACAUCGAAAAAAUUACAGAAGACUCUGCAGUGACAACAUUUGAAGCGUUAAAGGCUCGUGUCCGGGAGUUAGAAAGGCAGCUUUCCCGUGGAGACCGCUAUAAAUGUCUCAUUUGCAUGGACUCUUACACGAUGCCCCUGACUUCCAUUCAGUGCUGGCAUGUGCACUGUGAAGAAUGCUGGCUGCGGACUCUGGGCGCUAAGAAGCUCUGCCCUCAGUGUAACACCAUCACAUCUCCCGGAGACCUCAGGCGCAUCUACUUAUGAAGGACGCAGCCGGAGGGCGGGACCCAGCUACCCGGAUCAGCUCAUCACACCAAGGGGGGAAAGAACGACAAGAAAGGACGUUUCAAACACACAGACUCCAGACGUGGACUCAAGGAUAAAGGAGCCGCGGGAAAGCCUCGGCCUCCGUGUCUCUCGUGUUGGGACCUCCUUUGGCGACUCUACAGCGGGCAAAACCAAACCCUUUUUUAAAACCAGUGUUCCCCUCUCCCCAGAGCUGGCUGUGCAUCGCGGAUGGCUUGUGAGCCCUUCCUUUGGACUGUGCUGUUCACUCAACAACCCCAGAAGACUGGGAAGGGACCCUUGACAGAAAGAUGUUAAAUAACCUGUAACUUGUGUUCUUUGUUCAGUUUGGUUGGUUGGGUUUUUUUGUUUUUUGUUUGUUUUUUGGGUUUGUUUUAUUUUAUUUUUUUGUUUUGUUUGUUCUUUUUUUGGUGGUGUUCUAGUGAUUUAAAAAAAAAGGUUUAAAGAAAAACCCCACAGGCAGAAAAUGAAGCACAUGUAAUAUAGAUUAUAUACGUUUACAAUGUUGUGUAUAAAUGGGAUAGACACAAACAUUACAUACUAAUAAGUUGCCCUUUUUUUGGUUGUAUUUUUUUUUUAAAGAAGAAAAAACAUGAGCGGAGAACAUUAAACCCAUAUUUUUCUUGGUUCUGCAAAGUUUUGGCAUUAAAGUCAUUAGUUUAAAAGAAGUAUAUAUACAUAUCUAUAAUCUAAAUGGUUUAAUGUUCUGUGGUGUAUAUUUCCUCGGUCAGAUAUGAAGUUAACAGCUUUUUAGUAAUGGCUGUAGCAUCGCCCAUAACUUACAAGACUUAUGGGGAGUAGGGGAGCUGGGUUUUUGUCAUUAGCCGUCGCUAAUGGGGCUAUUUCUAAUAGACGCUUUCUCCCACUGAAAGCCAGCGGCGUUUAGUUUCUCAUCGGGGAAGCGGGGCGGUUGGAAAGGUCUGGCUCAGGCCCUGUCGCCUCUUUUCCACAUGGGGCAGGGGCAGGAGUUGAGAUUAGAUAGGAGGCCGGAAUGGAUAUGGCCAAGUGCAGCUGUCUCCAGGGGUUGGGAAUCUGCACCCCAAAGCUUCAGUUAACCCAGCCAUUGUCCACGAAACCCAAAGGCCAUGCCCCUGCCACUGGCUUGUUUUGUUCCCACUGGAAAGGAGUUCACUGCCCAACGGCUCAAGGGGUUCCCUCUGCUCCGAAGCGCCGCCUCUGCCCGCAGGAGAGGUGGGGCCGUGGCACAGGCUCAGGGCCAAGGCUUCCGGUGGUUCUCCCUUCGGGCUGAGACCGUUACGGGCUGAGGAGUAGGAGGCGACUACAGUGCAGGGAAGGAAGGUUCUUGCUCAAGGUGUUCUCUGGGGAGGCCGCUGUGCUGCCUUCUUUGCCAUCUGCGUCCAUCCUGCUGCCUUGUUCUGCCGGUUUGCCAGUACUGGCCGGGAGAGGCGUCAGAAUUGCACUGACUUUCUGGUACGAGCUCUUUGCUAGAGUGGAAGGUUGCUUGAGAUCGCCGAUCUCUUCCAGAGCCUGCCUGAGCCGGGGUUCCUAGGACAUGGUGCACGUUCCUCCUCUUAAAACAGUGCAAGGUAACUUCCACAUCUAAGUAAAGGGUGAUGCUAGGGCCCCUCUCUCAGGCCAGUGAGUUGGCAAGGAGAACCCAGCCUCACUGAACUGACUAAGAUGAGCAAAGAUUCAGAUACUUCCAGUCAGUGCCAGUGAUCCCCAAUGGCCUCCUCCCGGGAGAUUCCCCCUAGCUUCUUCCACAGCGGCACCUACAGCCGCUCUCACCUGUCCUUAGCUUCCAGGGCCACAGGCGCACACAACUGUCACCGGCCGAGGGUUGCCAUCUACUCCCCCGUUACCUCGGGAACAAAGAAACAAAUACGCUUUUACCUACCAAAAAGCAACGUUCGCCUCUCGAGCCAGUUGAGUUUUGCAAGGCUGCGUGAGUUGUUUAAAGGCGCUCACCAGUGGCUCUUGUUGCCAGGGUGGUGCCCUUGCAGGGCAGUAGCCCAGCGCUGAAAUGUGGGAGAAGGGAAGUUGGUGAAGGUAACCCUGUGUUGCUGUUCUCCAGGCAGCUCUCUCUCACUAGCUGUCUCGCUUCAUGAACCUGGGGGAGAGACCAGAACAAGCUAGACACAGGAAUAUUGCACGUCAGUGGUUAUUUGAAGGCUGUUUUGGAAGCCAAGGUCACUCCUACUUGCUGGAUUCCUUGGUGUAGGACACCUGGCCACCAGAGGGUGUGUUGACACCAAGAGGGUUUACUACUUAGGACUCCUCCCCAGCACUGCAAAGGUGGUUUGUGUUUUGCAGUAACAGAAGAUUUGAUGAGGCAGCUUGUCUCAGUAGUGAUAUUUCUAUCACAACUUCCCUGCCUGAGUGUAUGAUGUCUUCUCCUGGGAGCUGCCAUUUUGGUCAGUGUCUUGCUGUUUGAAUUCUAAAGGACCCUGUUGCACAAAAUCAAUCUGUCUCCUGAUGGAAUUAUAUUCCUCCUUCCCCACCCCCCAACAAAGACGAUAUCACUUAAGUCAGAGCUUCCUGGGUCCUUACGCUCUCAAAGCAGCAAUCUCUACCUACCGUACAGUUGUUGCCCAUGUGAGUCUAUCCUGGGCAUCCAUGGCCCUUCCCUGGUAGCUGACGCUGUGCACAUGUACCUUCCUGGGCAGUGUUUGGGAGAUGGAGAGGAAUCUGUGACUGCGAGAGAAAACGAGUCUGACAUUCCAAGUUGGGACGUUUCUCCCCUGAUGAGACAGACCUGUGAGAGUAGAGAGAAGGGCUGCACAUGAAUGCCAUUUGUCAUGCUGGGAAGUAGCCCUGCUUGUAGCACUUAAGCCCUGGGAAAGGCAGUCAGCAGGUUUGGUUUUUAAAUUGGAAUAAUAAACUCCGCCUGGUGGGGCAGCCAUGCCCAGCACUGGCUGCGGGUGGCCUUGGGACUAGAGCUGUGAUCUCUCUGUGAAUGGAAUUGGAGAAUGCGCAGUGAUUUAUUUAUUUUUUUAAAGGCAGUCGGGAAUGGGGAAGUGGGGAGGGCAGGGUCCCCAGGGCCCAAGCUCUGCCUUGCAAAGAGGCACUGAGAGCCAGGAUCUCUCUCGUGUGUUGUGGAACAGCAGUGUGCUGUGUACGUAGCUGUAAAACCAUAUGUAACCAGUAAUGUUUUUUUUUUUAAUGUAAAGCCGUCCCUGUUUUUAGGAAGGGUGGGGAUCUGAGGGGAGAAUGGAGAGAGAAGAGUCUCGUUCUGGCCUUCUCAGGAGCCAGCCGCGUUUUCGCUUUCUCCUCUUCCACAAUGAGCUUAAACAAAAACAAAAAAAGGAAUUAACUCUCUUUGCCCAAAGAAUCCCAAUUGCACAAGGUGAUAUUCCAGUUGUGUCAAUGAUUGUGUGUCAAUGUAUAUUAUAUAAAAAGGUACUUGUCAUUCCCGUUUGUAAACUACAUUUGACAUUAAUUAAACGAGUAUAAAUCU